UUUUGUGAAUAGACUACUAGCGCCAUUAGGAACAUGGAGCUUUCUCUAGCAGUAUGACAUUUCUGAUAUACUUGUAUUGUAUUUAAUACGCAAAGGAAUAUUAAAUUUGUAACAUUAACCAAAAAAUUUAGCAAAUAUGUUAAUCAAAGUGAAAACGCUUACUGGCAAAGAGAUUGAAAUUGAUAUAGAACCUACAGACAAAGUCGAAAGAAUAAAAGAAAGGGUGGAAGAGAAGGAAGGAAUUCCACCACAACAGCAGAGAUUGAUAUUUUCUGGAAAACAAAUGAAUGAUGAAAAAACAGCUCAGGAUUACAAAGUACAAGGUGGAUCUGUACUUCAUUUGGUGUUGGCACUAAGAGGUGGUUUCUAGUAUUUUUAAAGACUUUUACACAAUUAUUAAUUAAUUUGAAUACUUUAAAUCAUAUACAAAAUGAAAGGCAUUAUUCGAUCAGUGUCAAACAAAACAUUUAAAUUACUACACAUGGAAGUGAACGCUUAAAUUCGGUUGAAAUAAAAAUUCAUAAUUUAAUUGUUUAAGUAA